GAGAGACAAGGCAUCAAGACUACAGCCUCCUCUGAAACCAUGGCCUCCAGCCUUCCCCUCCUCCUGCUGGUCCUGUGCAGUCUGACUGAAGCUGAAGCUCAGCUGAGGCUGUUUAACCUGCGAGCAAGCAACCUUCCCUCCAACAUACUGGGAACCACAGACGGCUAUGUCAAGGUGUUCUGUGGCUCUGCCACUCUGGGCGAGACAUCUGUCCGCAACAACGACCAAAACCCCUGGUGGGAGGAGGAGUUCACCCACUUCAUGGCCCAGGAGAACGACGUACUGAGGCUGGAGGUUCAUGACAGUGACUUCCUCUUUGAUGACCUGCUCGGAGUCUGCCAGAGACAGAUGAAACUGGGAACCCAUGAGCAUGACUGCUUCCUGGAGAAAGGUGGAAUCCUGCAUUACUCCUAUACCCUCGGCAGAAAAAAUCUUUAGGCUUGUAUAGAUGUGUCAGGCCUUUGGCUGUUACAGGCAGCCUGUAUUUACCACAGCAGGACUACGUCUUCGUCUAUGGUGUUAAGAGGCUAAUGUGCAGCUUUAUUCAA